AUGUCGAAGGUGAAGACACACGAAAGAGGAAACGGAAGUCCCGGAGGGAACUGCACGGGUAAACGGGCACCGGAGGCCAUAACCGUACCGGCACCCGCUCUGACGGGUACGGGUUUUCGGCGGGUACCACAAGCUCAGAUCCCUACCCACACCCAGCUCGACGUAAACUGUUACAACGGAGAGCUAUCAUGCAGGCGGAUUUGGGUACUGGAUAAUAAGACAAUUUUCCUGCGGCAAGUCCUGAACUAUACUGGAGGUACAAAUGCACCACCUCUCCCUGAGGUGUCUCCCAAACCAAUCUUCCACCACCCCGUCAGGCAUCUCAUGCAAACUGCUUCUGAAGAUACCGAGCUCUACGUCGCCAUGUUCUUUGGUAUUGUCGACGACUAUUGCAGAGAUUGGGGAGGAGAUGGAUGCACGCAGUAA